AAGUCACUGUUAGUUCGUGACUAACAAAGCGCGAACCAACCAACCAUUUCUUCCGUUCACGAGCUCGAAAGGCCUCUCUCUCUCUACAUGCUCCUCCAUCUCUCUACUCUCCUCCGCGCCAUCCAUUCUACCCGCCCAAUGGCGCGUUACAUCCCACGCGCCAGUCUCAUAUCCAUCACCCCCAUUCCCAUCCGAAACACCACCCCCAGACCGAAUUCAAUCCUCCCUCCCCAACCGCACCGUUUCGACGCCUCCAAAGCCUCGCUCUUCUUCGGCCGGAGAUUCCACGCCCUCUGCGGCGGCGACUGGAGAGCUCGUCCGAGACCGUCGUUACGCAUCUGUGCUGCGCAGAGAGACUACCGGAAAGUGAGGCGGCGAGCCCCGAAGAGCAAGGACAAGGAGCUCGAGCUCAACGUCAGCAUUUGCAUCGAAGAAGAGUUGCCUGACGAUCCUGAAAUCCUUGGGAUAGCGGAGUUGCUCAGGAUUAAUGUUCCGAUGGCAAUGAAGCUAGCGUUUGAUGGCUUGAAAGAUUCGGAGUAUAAGACCAGGGACGAUGGCAUUAGUGACGUCGGAGGGUUUCAGAGCGUGGAGCUUUCGGUGAUGCUCUGCAAUGACGAGUUUAUCCGAAAGCUUAACAAAGAAUGGAGAGAUGAGGACCAUGCUACUGAUGUGCUUUCAAUGUCACAACAUGUCCCUGAGCUUAGGCUUCCCAUUCUUAUGUUGGGUGACGUUGUGAUUUCUGUUGAGACUGCGGCUAGACAAGCAGAAGAAAGAGGACAUACGAUUCUUGACGAGAUACGUAUUCUCAUGAUACAUGGAUUGCUGCAUCUAUUAGGAUUUGAUCAUGAGAUUAGCGAAGAAGCCGAAAAGGAAAUGGAGAAGGAGGAGGAGCUUCUCUUGAAGAGCCUUGGGUGGACGGGAAAAGGAUUGAUUCAGAGUGCGUCCAGUGCUGAAAUCAAUGCAAUUUCCCAUGAGGAGAAACAGGAUGACAGGAAGAGAGAAGGCAGCCUUCGAUACUAUAAACCAAAGUUCAAAUAUAUAUUCUGCGAUAUGGAUGGCACCCUUCUCAACAGUAAAACUCAAAUCAGUUCAACAACUGCAAAGGCUCUUAAAGAGGUCUCAUCAAGGGGUGUGAAAAUAGUGAUAGCAACAGGAAAAACUCGCUCAGCUGUGAUCAACAUUUUUAAAAUGGUAGACUUGGCAGGAAAAGAUGGCAUUGUUUCAGAAUUUUCUACUGGGGUUUUCUGCCAGGGAUUGCUUGUUUAUGGUAAGCAAGGUCGGGAAAUCUUUAAAGGGAAUUUAGAUCCAAAUGUCUGCAGAGAGGCGUGUCUUUACUCUUGGGAGAAUAGGAUACCUCUUAUUGCUUACAGUGAGGAUCGUUGCUUCACUCUAUUUGACCACCCACUAGUUGACUCACUACAUACUGUAUAUCAUGAGCCAAAGGGGGAGAUCAUGCCUUCAGUUGAGCAUCUCUUGGCUGCUGGUGACAUACAGAAAGUAAUCUUCAUGGACACUGCCGAAGGAGUCGCAACUACUUUGAGGCCAUACUGGUCAGGAGCAAUUAGAGAUCGUGCAGCAGUUGUUCAAGCUCAGCCGGACAUGCUUGAAAUUGUCCCUCCGGGGACCUCAAAAGGGAGUGGUGUAAAAUUGCUGCUUGAUCAUUUGGGCAUCACUCCAAAGGAGAUCAUGGCUAUUGGCGAUGGAGAAAAUGACAUUGAGAUGCUUGAACUAGCUUCUUUGGGUGUUGCUCUUAGCAAUGGUUCAGAGAAAACAAAAGCUGUGGCUAAUUUAAUUGGUGCCAGUAACGACGAAGAUGGUGCAGCUGAUGCGAUCUACCGGUAUGCAUUUUGAGCUUCGAUUCAGACAGAGAAGAACUAGAAUAGGACAUAGCUUAAUAAUUAGGAUGGGGCAUGCUGCCUGCGAGAUUCUUUUAAGAUGAUUCGAUUGUUUCCGUCAAAAAUGACUGAAACUUCCAUUCUUUAUGCUCAAAAAGAGAUUUGUGCUAGAUACAUUUAUCUGAACACAGUUCCGGCAUGCAAUUUGUUUAUGUAAUUACCUCCAUAACACUUGUCCAUGAUGUCUUUCAAAGCUGAAAAGAAACUAACUUAUAGGUGGACAAAUAAAGGAAUGUAAUUUUGUCGA